UGCAGGCAGGUUGUGAGGGCGCUUUCUGCAGCAGCGUGCAUGCAUGUCCAUAGACGUCAUUUGAUUUUAAUGGCCUGCAGGAAAUUUGGCGUUACAACUCCAGACAUUAAGGCAAGAGAGAGAGGCAGAGAGAGAGGGAGCGGGAACACUGGGGGAAAAUCUCCGCAUGAGAGAUAUUGGUUCAAGGAUAUCGCUUCAUUUUCAACAUAUUUUUUUUUUCCUGCUGAGACUUUAUCAACAAGUUAUUGCGCCUUUAUUAUAUGUUGCCUGAGUGGAGGACUAUGGCAGCCCGGCUGGCUUUAAACUUUAAAUUUAAACUGGAGAUGGAGCUGGAAAUGUGUUCCUGCUAGCUGGACUGCCUGGGGAACUAUUACAUCAGACGAAAUGACAAUGAUUAAAAUCUGCUUUUUGCUGCUCUAAAUCUAUUGAGCGACUGACAGUUGCCUGUUAGGUUUCCUACCCCCCUCUAAAUCACAACUUCACACCGUUAAGGGGAACGGUCUACUUUUGCCGGAAAAAAAAAUAAGAUAAGUUAUUAUAUCUGUGUAGUCAUAAUUUCGGGAACAGGGGGGUAUCACGUUUUCUUCCUUCAGAAAAUUGCCUGGGCGAGAGAGUGGAGUUGAGCUAAUUGUAGCCUAAUCCCUGGCCCAGAGGCGCUCGGGCAGCCCGGAGCAAGAAUUUUCUUUUUUAGCUCCGCUCUGUUAUUUAGAGAAGGAUUAUUGGCUUUCUUCUUCUCAUAACAAACCACAGGGGCAGUUUCAUUUAGGCAAAAAGGCAGACAAGAAGCUGAAAUACGAAGCAGGAUUCCAACAAGAGCGCACAUUUUACGCGUAUCCAAAUAAGAGCAGAGAAGGGGAAGGAGAUCAUCUCAUCUAUGUUCAAGGAGGGAAGAAGCAUGUCACGGCUGUCUCUGACCCGGUCCCCGGUCUCUCCUCUGGCCGCUCAGGGGAUCCCUCUGCCGGCUCAGCUGACCAAGGCGAACGCCCCGGUGCACAUCGAUGUCGGGGGACACAUGUACACCAGCAGCCUGGCCACCCUCACCAAGUACCCAGACUCCAGAAUCAGUCGUCUGUUCAAUGGCACCGAGCCCAUCGUGUUGGACAGCUUGAAGCAGCACUACUUCAUAGAUCGGGAUGGCGAGAUAUUCCGCUACAUUCUCAGUUUCCUCAGGACCAGCAAAUUGCUCCUUCCAGAUGACUUCAAGGACUUCCACCUGCUGUACGAGGAGGCGCGCUAUUACCAGCUGACUCCCAUGAUCAAAGAGCUCGAGCGCUGGAAGCAGGAGCGCGAGCAACGGCGGAUGGCACAGCCCUGCGACUGCCUGGUGGUUCGAGUCACACCCGACCUGGGUGAGAGGAUCGCCCUAAGUGGGGAGAAGGUCCUCAUAGAGGAGAUCUUCCCUGAGACAGGAGACGUUAUGUGCAACUCAGUCAACGCCGGCUGGAACCAAGACCCAACUCACGUCAUCCGCUUCCCCCUCAAUGGCUACUGCAGGCUCAACUCAGUCCAGGUUCUGGAGCGUCUUUUCCAGAAAGGCUUCAGCGUGGCGGCAUCAUGCGGAGGCGGCGUGGACUCGUCUCAGUUCAGCGAGUACGUGUUGUGUCGCGAGGACCGGCGGAGUCUCUCCAUCAACACGCCCAUCAGGAUAAAACAGGAACCCCUGGACUAGAGCAUUCUGGGAGAGGGACAGCCAACUCACCCCCACCUCCUCCCCACCCUACACUCCCUCCAUCCUCUCACACCACCCCACCCCCCCAACCGCCCUAGCAGGACCACAACCACCCCCCCAGCAUACCUAAGUAUUAGCAGAGGCUUGUUAACCUCGCCAGCUCUGCAGAACUCAAAGGGGAAUGUAGAACCAAACAAAGGAAAAAAAAAAAGCAUCAGCAACAAAAGUUUUUGAUUAUGUUAAAUAACACCCAAAGAAUCUGGGACGGUGAUGAAAAACAACGACGACGACGACAAAUGGACACAACAGCAGCGCACAGCUCAACAUUUUAGCACAGUGACUGGUUGAUUUUUCCCUUACCUUCUUAUGAAAAAAAACUCUAGGAGGGACACAACUUCCCCCUCCUUCAACCCCGAUCCAUCCUCCGACAUACAGGCACCCCUCCCCUCUACCCUUCUAUCCGCGGUCUAUCAUCCAGUUGCGUGUCUGUGAGGCCCACGUCUUGUCUGACUGGUGACAAAUGUGGCCUGCUGAGGGACAAGGAAGCUUUGGCAGAUAACAUGUUUUACAGAUGACAACGAGAGGACAUAAUCCAAUAUUGUGAGUCCCCCAAAAGGCCCAAGACCCCAUGAUCCGCCCCCCUACAGGCCUGAUUAGAGAUGCCGGGGCCUCACCGAACACAGCAUCAUUUGCCAAACUGAUUGUUUAUUACAAUUUUUCAUUGUUGUUUCUAAAGUAUGUUCUUCUUGCUCCUUUUGCUGUUCUUAUCAUGACAUGGUGUAAACAAUUAUUAUUAAUAGGAUUAUUUUUAAUGUCUCUUUUUCCUUUCUCCAAUAUGAAGGAUGUAUGAACAUUGAAAUUCAUUAGGCUUUGAGAGCUUGUGAGGGAGCGUUUCUUGGCAGUAGCUGCAGAAACUCAGAUGUCUGCAGGCUAUGUGGCUAAAGCGAUCUGACUGGCAAUGCAUUCAGAGCCGGAAAAAGUCCCAUUGUUCGAACGGGAAUGGAAGAAAACCUGGGUAUUUUGACAUUGUUUAUAGUUAAAUGUGUAGCACACACAAAAAAGUGCUCUAGAAUUUCUGCUUAUUAGCUCUAAAACAUAUCUCGGGUCUCUGAUAGGAUUCUCUCACAGGAGCACACAACAUUUGUUCGUAUUUAGCACAAGUUUAAGAACGUUUGUAAAUUUGAAAUUCAGGUCAAAAUUGCACAAGCACUAAGUGUGUUGCAGUUUUGAGGUAGAAUGUUAAGGAGUUGAGGACCAACGAGGAGAGCUGACGUUUACCAGUAUGUCUCGUGAUCAGCAAGAGAUGUACUUUAAAUGCUUAAUGUUUCUUUGCACUUAAACAGUUCCUACAGAGCCCUGUUCCCUCUAAAUGCUUGUCUGAAUCCAGUGAUCAGUGCCAAGUCAAGCUGUUUAUCUUCUCAUGUUUUAGCAGACUGUGACAUUAAAAUAUUCAAAACGGGGAAAAAAAACUUCCAGCAGAACAAAACACUCCAGGUACCAAAGCAGACAAGGUGCCUAUUUUGUUGAUUGUACAAAUAUAAAGAGGUUCUUUUUGCAGUUUAUAGCUAAAGAAGACACAAUGUAUUAUUCAGAACUGUAUGAAGGGGUACCAACACUUGAUCCUCGAGGCCUCCAGUCUUGACAGUUUGGUUGAGAAUAGCUCUCAGUACCUUCAGACCAAGCUUGAGACACAGUCCCUGUUUCAAUAUUGUCACUUCUAAGCCAAGAUUAUUUCAGCGCUUCUUUACAUGUAUGUAUGGCAGAACCCAAAGUGAACUGUACUCCCAGCAUCAGCAUGUUAUUCACAAAGAGGCGAGUGGGCGGCAUUUACUCUAUCCUGCUCUCAUUCUUUUGGUCUUAUUCUCAACAUUUCUGGAUCAAAGACAGAAACAAGAAAGGCCAAGUUUUCAUGCUUUAUAUUUGUGUGUAACUUACAGAUGCUGUUUCUUCCAUUCCAAAAGACUGAGAAAAGAAAAAACAAAAACACAGCGAAGCCCAUUCUGAUGUUUGUGGGUGCUGGCAGUUGUUUGAGUUAACUGGGGAGGUUUUUAGUCGUCCAUUAAAUAUGGGCGGUAGCUGUUCUGACCAUGUUGUCCUAAUAGGGUAUGUGCUCUGUCUGAUUCCACAAGGAAAGUGAGUGGAUAGAGAUGGGCUUGGUGUCCAGCGCAGUCUUCCCUGGGGGUUUUUCUCACAAUCAAGCCCGCCUUUGUUCUGACCUGCCAGUGGCCUGCGCCUUUGCAUCCAGUCGCCUCAAAGGGAAUGGUCAACCAGGCCUUUCAUGUGCCGAGGCAUGUUGGGCUUUUCACAGCGCUCCUCACCCCCCUCACCCCCCUCCGCCUCCCUGAAGGCUCCCAGCUCAGUGGUGCCAGUAGAAACUCGGGUUGCACCCCCUGCUGCUGCUGUGUCAUCCCCCCAUGCCCCAUUUUCAAAAUGCCCUCCUACACCGUAGCUCGCUGGACCACACCACAACAAACCAAACAAACUGAUGAGUCAAAAUACUCAGAACAUAUUCUACAGUGCAGAGAGGCGACUUCACUCUGCUGCUGAUCCCAACCAUCUUUGAUCCACUUGAUGUUAGGGGCUGGAAGCUCAUCUGACUUUUUUCUUGGGGAAAAUGAUCAGUGUUCCAUAAAGCCACACCUACAAGCAUUACAUUUUUCAGGGAGGAAAGGAGAGAAGGCAUAUUUUUCUCACUGACGUGGCAUCUUGAAAUCAUAAAAUGCGCUUUUAAAAGCUAAGGGGUCAUGCAUUUAUAAAAAAAAAAAAAGAAGAAAAAGAAAAAAAAGGCCAUUUCAACUUGCAAACAAAGUGAGAAAAAGGAACAACGAAUCCACACUUGGGUUUCUCUGACUGCAAUAACCUGAGAUUCCACUUUUGAUUGAGGAUAUAAAUGGCAGAUUAACUACAGAGCUAGACAAACUUGACGGGACUGGAAACUCCACAGACAUGUUCAAACAUGUCACCCUUUCACAUGAAGUACUGGUCAGUGUUCAGCCAGUCCACAUGGCAUUCACUCCACUUCUGAGGCGGGUCAGUUGUACAGUUAUUGUAUAUUGAUUUAUCGGGACUCUGGGUUUUCUGGGACCCUCAUGUUUUUAAGAGACCUUUUAGUCCUCUUCAUAAAAAGGAUGAAAAGAAUUCAAAGCAUUACAUUGUGUACAUAUGGAUUAGAACAUUUCAAAGGGUAUAAUAAGGUGCAAAUGUAUAUUAUUUAAAGUGUUUAAAACAAUUAGACUGUGGUAUUAAAGGGCAUGUGUUCAUUUACAGUGUCUCCAUUUGACUUUUCUUGCAUAUUUGCGAUAAUAAAAGGAUGUACUGUAUAUCUGA